UCCCCGCUCUUCCUCUCCGCCCACCGCGCUCCAGCCGCUCGAUCGCAGCCCGCGCCGUCCUCACCCCCCGGAGCCGCCGCGCCCGCCCGCGCUCAGUCAUGGGGGACCUGCCGGGCCUCGUGCGCCUCUCCAUCGCGCUGCGCAUCCAGCCCAACGACGGCCCGGUCUUCUACAAGGUGGACGGGCAGCGCUUCGGCCAGAACCGCACCAUCAAGCUGCUCACGGGGUCCUCCUACAAGGUGGAGGUGAAGAUUAAGCCCACCACGCUGCAGGUCGAGAAUAUUUCCAUUGGUGGUGUGGUUGUCCCACUGGAGCUGAAGUCUAAAGAACCUGAUGGGGACAGAAUUGUAUAUACAGGCACAUACGACACAGAAGGUGUGGCCCCAACCAAGAGUGGAGAACGGCAACCCAUCCAGAUCACCAUGCCGUUCACUGACAUAGGGACCUUCGAGACCGUGUGGCAGGUCAAGUUCUACAAUUACCACAAGCGAGAUCACUGCCAGUGGGGAAGCCCCUUCUCUGUCAUUGAGUACGAAUGCAAACCCAAUGAGACCCGCAGCCUCAUGUGGGUGAACAAGGAGUCCUUCCUCUGAAGAUGGUUCUUCCUGAUGCUGUUGGACAAUCUCUCCAAAAAUCCACCUUCAGAUAACCCAGCACAAGCCUUCACCAAGGCAUACCACACCGUUGCUAUCUCCCCUCGGGUGCCAAUGACCUACUAGCCCCGAUUAUUUUGCAAGUGUAAUUCUCCUCUGAUGCAAUGUCCCUGACAUAAAAGAUCGUGAUGUUCCCUGCCCAAGAGGCUCCCUUUCUGUAUUCCGCGUUGGUGUUCCUGCCUCCAAUUGUUCUCGGUCCUGCCGGUGACUGCCUGCCAGGAGCUCCGUGGAAUCGGCAGGCUGUGUCUGGCACUUCACAUUGCCACUGAAUGACCAUGGUGUUCUGUUUCCAAGUUGAGUGAUUCCUUCUUUUUUGUUAAAUGUUAAAUAAAAAAAAAUAAUAAUAACAGUGUGCAUGGGUUUCAUCCCAAGUGUGCUACAGUAACACGUAACUGGUGAUGCUUUCCAGCUCUCAAAGCAGGCUUUGUGAAAAUGGGAUGCAGACAGCAGUCAAAGGGACUCAAGUGUAAACAGCAGUCAGUGGGACUCAAGUGGUGUGCUUUCUAUAAACAGCUCGGCUUUUUCAGGGAAAGAUAAUGACAGAAUAAAAGGGCAAAUAUUUAAGAAGUAUUUAUAAACUAUGAAAACUCUUUGAAGUAACGAAAGGUAUUGCACAGUGACCUGGAAGUGGGAAAGAGCCCCGUGUGGACCACUGUUAAACAAGGUGACCAAAGCGACAGGGUUACCUCUCUGGCAAGCGACUGUAGUGUCCAAAUGUGCAUACUGAUGGCUCCUUACAUCCCCUUCACGUGAACUUUGUAAAACUGUGUAUGGGACUGUAAUCAACUUUUGAUAUUUCUUAAUAAAGGGAUUGAAAAUCA